AUGAGAAGGCCAGCCGCAGCUCCUCUGCACACGGGUGUCCUGGUGGACAGCAGCACUUGUCGCGUGCACGCCACGGCUGUGUUGCUGACCUACCAGAGCUGGCCGUCUGCUCUUGGUGCUGCCACAUGGGUAGCUUUCUGCAACUUCGUCGCCGAGCACGUGGAGACUUGGGGCGUGAAGCACUGGACCGCGACCAUGGAGUCCAACGCAGCGGGCACGCACCAUGUGCAUCUGAUGCUUCAGUUCAGGGCGCCGGUGGACCGCCCAGCACGCCGCUUCAUCUUCGACGGCAAGCGACCCAAUGUCAGCUCGCAUGACUACUUGGGCGAGGGCCUUGGUAAGAAGAAGAUGCAGCAGUCCAUCGACCGCGGCAUGUUCUAUGUUUGGGCCAACAAGUGCGGCACCGUUCACUUGGAUGACGGGCGCCUCUGCGUGGCAGGCAACUACGCCCCGUGCUGGACCGCAGCAGAGAGGACAUACCAGGUUCUCGGUAAAUGGCCAGAAACCUUAUGGAAGCAACGCAAGUUGGAGACAGGACAGUACGAAGAGUAUUUGUUUCUGGCUCGUGAUGGUGUGUUAGCUCGCAAGCGCAACCUCGAGGCGGUGAAGGAGGACGAAGCAGCGGUGGCAGAGGCGGAGGUCAUGGACGAACAAGAGUGGCUGGCUGGCUUCCAAGAAGAUCGGCUGCGCUACCCUGUGCUUGUCGUCUUGGGGGCAUCGCACUCAGGAAAGACGCAGAGCUUCCACGAUGGCAUCAUCCUGGACGACGUUCGCGACCUGGACUUCUUAGCCAGCAGCAGGACAAGCUGCAAGGCAAAUGCGAUGUUCAGGUCGAGUUCGCGACGACGCCAGGAGGCACGUGUGCUUACAAGAAGUACUUGUUUGCAGUGCCGAUCGUGGUGA